AUGCCCACUUCCUUCUUGACCAAGUUGAAGUUCUACCUCAAGACGGUGAUAUUCGGUUCACUAGUCGCGGGGUGCGCCUUGUAUGGAGUGAUAGCCUCGCUAAUCUUGAGACUCAUCGGGAAAGUCGAGUAUGCGCAAUACACAGUUGCUCGAGCCUUCUACUACUCGUGUCGGUUCUUCCUCGGCAUCAACAUCAAGGUCAUCAAUGAGCACCACCUCAAGGAGUUGCCCGCUAUCGUGGUGUCCAACCAUCAGUCGGCAUUGGAUAUCCAUGUCUUGGGCAGAGUGUUCCAGCCCGGGUAUACCGUCACGGGAAAGGCCUCGUUGAAGUGGGUUCCCUUUCUCGGCUGGUUUAUGGCUGCCAGCGGCACCUUUUUCUUGAACAGGUCCAAGCUGGCCCAAGCGAGAAAAGUGCUUGAUGGAGCAUUGCAGAAUUUGAAAGAACAAGAACGUGCCCUUUUCAUUUUCCCCGAAGGUACACGUUCCGGUUUGGAGACGUUGGAUAUGUUGCCGUUCAAGAAGGGCGCUUUCCAUUUGGCGAAACAGGCAAAGAUCCCCAUUAUACCCGUGGUUGUGUCGAACACGUCCACGAUUUUCAAUUCCAAGAAGAAGGGGUUCAACACGGGCGAGAUCACGCUCGAGGUGCUCCCUCCUGUCUCGACCGAGGGGCUAGAGACAAACGAGGAUGUUACUGCGUUGUGCGCUCAGAUUAGAAAAGACAUGAUUAGUACGUUGAAAAAGAUUGGAUAUUCUCAAGCUCCUGGUGUCAAGCCUAACGAAGAGUAUUAUCCCUCCGAGGCGGAGAAUCAAACGGACACAGAGGUAGAGGUUAUAAGUGAAACAACGCCGUUAGUCUCUGAAGAUUGA